UACUCCAGUCGCGGCGUCACCUGCCAGUGCCACACACCGUCCUUUGUCGCUACCAAAAUGAGCAAGAUGCGACCCUCCGCCACCGUUCCUACUCCCGAAGAGUACGUGGAAAUGAGCAUGAGGUUUAUCGGUCACGACGAUCCGGUCGUUCAACCCUUUUGGUUGCAUGCUACCCUGUGCUGGGUCUUUUACAACUUUAUUCCCACCAACUACAUGGUCGCCUACUACUUGUCUACCGCCAUCAAGUUCCGCAAGAAGGGAAUGCAAAAGGAUGAAAUGAUUGCCAAGGGCAUCAAGCCCCAAAAGACGGCUCACAAGCGUGUCGAUCCGCUUCUCGAGAGUUUGAUGUUUUGGCGCAAGGAUUUGAAGGUCAAGGGACAGUGA